GAACCAAUAAAAGUUUGCGUCACAAAAUAAGAAAAGAAUUAACCCAAAAGCUUGUGGAGUUGAAAGAUAAAAAUCCUGAUGAAGAGCGAUUAGCAGAGAUCAUUGAAGUCAAGCUAGCUUUAAAUAUGGGAGUUGAUAAAGAAUAAUUUUUUUGGGAAUAGCAAGCAAGGGAAAAUUGGCUCAGAAUGGGUGAUCGUAACACAACGUUUUUUCACAACCGUGCAUCCUAUCACAAGAAGUGGAACAUAGUUAAACGGCUUGAAGAUGAGAAUGGCAGAUGGAUUAAGGGGGAUAACGAAUUGCUAAAUUUAACAACAGGAUAUUUUGUGGAUCUUUCCUCCACAAAACUUGUGCAAGAUUGCCAACAUUUAAGGGCAGAAGUUCAACCUUGCAUUCCUGGACAUCUUAAUGAGGAGCUUUCAGCUAACUUUAAAGAAGAUGAGUUGUGGGAAGCCUUAAAAACAAUGGCUCCUUUAAAAGCAUCAGCUUCCGACCCCCGAGCUAGCUUGGCAGAACUACAAAGGAUGGAAAGAAAAAGAGGGUAA